GCCGCUAUCAGGCUCAGUAGGAAGUCGCGCGGCGUAUCGGCUGACCGUUAGAAGGGAAAGGGUGUUAGAAGCAGUGCCAGUGACCACCGACCACCACAGACGUGUCGCCUACCAUCAUUACCACAAUGACGAAAGUACAGAAGCCAGGUCUACCGCGACUGGAAGCGCUCGAACGUGUCGCAAACAUACCUAUCGUUGAAUCGGGGAUAGAGGCCACUGAAAAGAUUUAUUCCAAAAUCAGGGAGUCCAAUCCACUCAUACGAUGGUACUUGACCCUGGGAGAAAAGUCGCUGGCCACAGGAGUGCAGCUGGCGCUUCCGGCGGUGCAGCUGUUGGAGAGCCCAAUCCACCAGCUGGACAGGUUCUUGUGCAUGUCACUGGACGUCGUGGAGAAAAGGGUGCCGUCGAUCAACUUGCCGCCACAAACUUCUGCUCACCAGCAGAUGUACUCGGAGACCCGGCAAUACGUCCUGCGCAGGGCUGACUCCGUUAAGCAGCUGGGCACCGCAGUGCUAGACUCGAGGGUCACUGCUGUCACCGUCGACGCGCUGGAUCGAGCGCUCACUACGGCGGACAAAUACGUCGACAAGUACCUGCCUCCCGACGGCCAAGAUGCUGCUGAUGUGCUGAUCGUAGUGACGGGCGCGGACGCGGCGGACGGCGCGCAGUCGGGGCGUGCGCGCGCCACUCACGCGGUUCAGCACGGCGCACGACUGCGCAGGAAGCUACAGCGACGUCUCACGCGCCAGGCACUCGCCGAAGCCAAGGCCAUCAAGGAGCAGAUCCACGUGCUGGUGUACGUGGCAGAGCUGGUGGCCACUGACCCGGUGCUCGCGUGGGCCAAAGCGAAGGAGCUGUACUCGUCGCUGAGCAAGUCGGAGCCUGAGAACCAAGCCCGGCCAGCCACCCUGGAAGAGCUGCUGGUGCUGUUAUCCAGGGAGAGCGCGCGGAAAAUCGUACACCUCAUCAACUACACACACAACGAUUUGCCUAACAAUAUCCGCCAAGGACUAUCUAUUGUGACGAGGCAUCUGUCAACGGCUGCAGACGCUUUGCUUAAGACUUUGCCGGUGGAAAGUGCGAUGUCUGAAGUACGUGGACUACGCAGCAGGCUCCAGGACUUGCUGCAACAGCUGCAGGCCACCUCCAAGACCUAUAUGGAGCAUCUCGCCAUGCUGGUGGCUGGAAACGAGGAGAGAGAGAAGAUAGCGCCGCGCUCCGUCUACGGCCAGCGAGACGACUUGGCGACCUUCAACGGCGUCAACUAGACGGGUCAUUCGGCUCGUCGACACCCUGCCCCGAUGAAGAUACAGACAUGGCCUUUCCUGGCAACGAUUUGCUCUUCAUAUUUUAUACUCAGAUAUUACAAUACUCCAUAUUUAUAUACUUCGAACUGUGAUCGUACAACUCAUAGCUGCAAAUAUACUAUAGUAUCAAUACGGAAGUGUGACUGUUUGUUUGUUGUGUACCUUUAUGUUACGCUCAAAAAAGCUUGAAUCCUAACAUAGGAUUUAUAUCGCGUAAGUUCCCUGGUACAGUUCCCGCGGGGUUCAUAUAAUUCAAAAUGUAUUAUUUAUGUACGGCUUGUUAAACUAUUAAUUUAACCGUUUCUUGUAGCACAAUUAAAGAACUCGGUUCGUUAAAAUUAUUUUUCAAAGCUUAAAAUAAUUGUUAUGUUGGUACCUAGGGAUAAUCUCAAAAGUAGGGUUUUAAGGCUAUAUCGCUGGUAUUUUAUUUUUACUUUAAGACUAUUACACUUAUUAUACAUAAUAACUUCUGUCUAUCGAUACCUAUAUUUAU